AACCCUCCACCCCUUCCCUUAAACCCCAUUUUCACUUCGCAACUCUCACUCCUCUUAUCUACUUCACCUCCAACCUAUGCUACCUAACCACGCGAAUUAGCCCCCUUUUUCAUCUAAAUCGAUUGACCCACCAAGGAAAGAGAUUGAAUUUCAGACGAAAACACCAAGAUUUCAUCUGCACUUUCUCUAGAAAUUGACAAGAUGGCGCCUGUGUUGAGCAGAAGUCUGGCCUCCGCCGCGAUGGCCGUAACCCCAAAUAUGUCGUCCUUUUCUAUCAAGAGUGGUGGGAAAAGCAAUAGGGGUUUUCUGAGAAGCGCUUUUCUGCCUAAUUGUGGGCUAAAGAACACUUUUUUAAGGAGGGGGGUGGAGUGGAAGGUGGAGGGGCAGCGGAGCGGAGUGGUGGUGAGAUGUGAAGCCGCCGCCGUGGCUGAGAAGGAGGCUCCGGAGAGCUCUGCAGAAACAUUUGAAUAUCAGGCGGAGGUUAGUCGAUUGAUGGACUUAAUAGUCCACAGCUUAUACAGCCAUAAGGAAGUUUUUCUUCGGGAGCUUGUAAGCAAUGCAAGUGAUGCUCUCGAUAAAUUGAGGUUUUUGAGUGUGACUCAGCCGGAAUUACUUGGAGAUUCAGGUGACCUAGAGAUUCGUAUCAAACCUGAUCCGGACAAUGGGACUAUUACCAUAACGGAUACUGGUAUUGGAAUGACAAAGGAGGAGCUGAUAGACUGUCUUGGAACCAUUGCACAGAGUGGCACUUCUCGAUUCCUGAAGGCGUUGAAGGAGAACCAGGACCUUGGGUCUGACAAUAGCUUGAUUGGUCAAUUUGGUGUGGGGUUCUAUUCUGCUUUUCUGAUUGCCAAAAGGGUAGUCGUGUCAACAAAGAGCCCCAAGUCUGACAAGCAGUAUGUUUGGGAAUCUGUCGCUGAUAGCAGCUCCUACUCAAUUAGAGAGGAAACUGAUCCCAGCAAGCUCAUCAGCCGAGGCACCCAGAUCACUCUUUAUCUCAGGGAUGACGAUAAGUAUGAGUACUCCGAGCCUAUGAAGAUCCAGAGUUUGGUCAAGAAUUAUUCACAAUUCGUAUCAUUCCCCAUCUAUACCUGGCAAGAGAAGUCAAGGACCAUUGAGGUAGAAGAAGGGGAAGAACCAAAAGAGGGAGAAGAAGUACCCGAGGGAGAGAAGAAAAAGGUGAAGAAGACCAAAACUGAAAAAUAUUGGGACUGGGAAUUGACAAAUGAAACAAAACCUAUAUGGAUGCGCAACCCGAAGGAAGUUGAAAAAGAACAAUAUCAAGAAUUUUACAAAAAGGCAUUCAAUGAGUUUUUGGACCCACUUACUUAUACCCAUUUCACCACAGAGGGUGAGGUGGAGUUCAGAAGUGUGCUCUACAUUCCUGGAAUGGCACCUCUUAACAAUGAAGAAGUUAUCAAUACCAAGACAAAAAACAUCCGUUUAUAUGUGAAACGUGUAUUUAUUUCAGAUGAUUUUGAUGGUGAACUGUUUCCAAGAUACUUGAGCUUUGUCAAGGGUGUGGUGGACUCGGACGACCUUCCCCUAAACGUUUCCAGGGAAAUUCUUCAGGAGAGCCGAAUUGUGAGGAUAAUGAGGAAAAGACUCGUUAGGAAAGCAUUCGACAUGAUUCAAGAUCUUUCUGAGAGUGAGAGCAGCAAAGAGGAUUACAAAAAAUUCUGGGAGAAUUUUGGUAAGUUUUUGAAGCUGGGUUGCAUCGAGGACACUGGGAACCACAAGAGAAUAACACCAUUGUUGAGAUUUCUGUCUUCCAAGAGCGACGAAGACCUGAUAAGUUUGGAUGAUUAUAUCGAGAACAUGGGUGAGAAUCAGAAGGCUAUCUAUUACUUGGCAACUGACAGCUUAAAAAGUGCUAAAUCUGCUCCUUUUGUGGAAAAGUUAAUACAGAAAGGCAUUGAGGUGCUUUACUUAGUCGAGCCAAUUGAUGAAGUUGCGAUCCAGAAUUUAGAUACAUACAAAGAGAAAAAGUUUGUUGACAUCAGCAAGGAAGAUCUGGAGCUUGGUGAUGAAGAUGAGGUGAGCGAAAGGGAAAAUAAGCAAGAGUAUAAUCUCCUCUGUGAUUGGAUCAAACAACAGCUUGGCGAAAAGGUAGCUAAAGUGCAAGUCUCGAAACGUUUAGCCUCAUCCCCUUGUGUGCUGGUUUCCGGCAAAUUUGGAUGGUCAGCUAACAUGGAAAGAUUAAUGAGAGCACAAACACUUGGUGACCAAUCGAGUCUCGAAUUCAUGAGGGGUCGAAGAAUACUUGAGAUCAAUCCAGAUCAUCCAGUCGUCAAGGAUUUAAACGCCGCUUGCAAGAACGCCCCUGAGAAUGUAGAUGCCAAGAGGGCUGUCGAACUUCUAUACGAUACGGCCUUAAUCUCCAGUGGAUUCACUCCUGAUAGCCCUGCCGAGCUCAGCAACAAGAUAUACGAGAUGAUGGCGAUGGCCCUCGGUGGAAGAUGGGGGAGAUCAGAGGAUGACGAGGAGGGCGAAGGUGCUGACCCGAAUCCCACCUCAGAGGCUGACGAGGCUGUUGAAUCCCAGGUCGUCGAGCCUUCGGAAGUGAGGACUCAGAGUGAUCCUUGGAGUGACUAAAUUUUUGUGCCACAAUUGUAAGAAACAUACAUGGUAGGGCUUCUGAUGAUGCAAAAUUUUCUAAAACAUUUUAUUAUUUUACUUUUUUACAA